AUGGGGGACCUGGGUCAAUGGAUGGCUGCCCCCAUUGAGUCCAUUCAGGUGACGGUGCUGGACCCCCACGUGACCGCCCUCCUAUUCCAACCCAUUCAACUCCGUUGCUCCUAUCAGAGCUCGGCUACAGCGCCCCCUAUCGUCACCUGGAAGUACAAAUCCUUCUGCCCGACCACUUCCGGGUUCGGGGGUGGUGGGGGGGCGUUUCAAAAUGGCGGCGGCCUUGUUCAAAAUGGCGGCGCACAGAGUGAAGCCAUGGAGGCCGCCAUUGCUUGUCCGGAUAGUGCUCGGACCGUACGGAUCGUGGCCACUAAACAGGGCAGCGCCGUCAGCGUCGGGGACUAUUACCAGGGGAGGGGCGUCACCAUCACCGACGGUAGGGACACGGCGUGACCCCACAGUGACCCCGUGACCCCACAGUGACCCUAGGGUGACCCCAU